AUGAGUGUAUUAGAGAGUCAUUCAUGCCCUCUUAGAGAUCAUGAAAUCAGACAUCCUCAAAAAGUCACUCAUGUUGAACCUUCAUUAGAUACUCACUAUUCAUCUAGUUCUACAUGUUCUAGAUCAAAAGAAAAUUUUCGAGAUUUUCAUUUGAAGAUUGACUUACCAUGUUUUAAUGGCCAUUUGAAGAUUAAAAAGUUCUUAGAUUGGUUAGUUGAAGUAGAAUGAUUUUUUUGAUGAAAAGCAAGUCAAGCUAUUGACUUAUAAAUUGGAGGGUGGAGCCUCUAUAUGGUGGGAUCAAUUACAUAUCACACAUACGAGGUCAGGCAAAGAACCUAUAUGAUUAUGGGAGAAAAUGAAAAAACUUUUGAAAUCUCAUUUUCUUCCCCCAGAUUAUGAACAAAUUUUGUAUCAACAAUAUAUGAUUUCAAGAUUUAAAGGUGGUCUCAGAUGA